AUGGUCCCCCAAGGAGGGCCGUCCCAGCGCCUCAACGAGCUGUUGGACUCCAUAAGGGCCGAGUUCGAGACUGAGUCUCAGCGUAGCGUCGACUAUGAAGGCCAAAUUACUCGACACAUCCAAGAAAUCGAGAUGAUUCGUGGAAAGGUCUACGCUCUUGAGCAGCAGCAUAUCUCAGUCAAGACAAAGUAUGAGGAUGAGAUCGCGCGUCUUCAGCGUGAGUUGGAGGCCCGUGGUGGACCCAGCCAGUCCUCACAACAUCACGGCCCGUCUCAACCGCCUCCCCCCUCAAUCGGCCAUGGCCCCAGCAACCUGUUUGGCGGGAUUAUGGCUGGUAGUGCGGCUCAAGGUGGCCCUGGACUUGCCCCCCCUCCACAGGAACCUCCGCAACCCCAAGGCCUUCCGCCUCAUAUGCCUCAGGGUCCUCCUGGAUUGAACACUGCCCCAGGACCUCCUCAGCACUUUGGUGGGUAUCAGCCCGGCCCCUCGGUCAAUGGAUAUCCGCAGCCCACUGCUUCGCCCGGCGGGAAGCCGCGUGGAGGUCCGCCUCGAGGUCCACCAGGGCCGGCAACGCCCCAGCAGAACUCAGCUGCCCCCUAUCCUGGCUCUCCCCAGGUCCCACGCCCCACACCUCCCCCUAAUCAACAUCAGAACUCCAUUCUAGCAGCGAGUCAGGUUCCGUUGGCCCAGAGCAACACUCUCGCUGAUCUCGAUAUUGAGCAGCUGCCAGACAACCUCAAGAAAGAGGGCCAAGACUGGUUUGCGGUUUUCAAUCCUCGUGCAAGGCGAGUCUUGGAUGUUGACCUGAUUCAUAACCUACCCCACCAGAGUGUGGUGUGCUGUGUCCGCUUCAGCAUUGAUGGGCGGUAUGUUGCUACGGGGUGCAACCGUUCAGCUCAAAUCUUCGAUGUGGAAACGGGGAAUCUGGUUGCGCAUCUCCAAGAUGGCACUCUCCCUGAAGACGGUGACUUGUACAUCCGUAGCGUGUGCUUCAGCCCCAACGGCAUGUACUUGGCUACAGGUGCCGAGGACAAAGUUAUUAGGGUCUGGGACAUUCAGUCUCGCCAAAUUAAACACCAGUUCACUGGCCAUGAGCAAGAUAUCUAUUCCCUAGACUUCGCUCGCAACGGACGGAUAAUUGCCUCUGGUAGCGGGGAUCGUAGCGUUCGGCUGUGGGAUCUGGAGAGCAACAAACAAGUCCUCCACCUAUCAAUUGAGGAUGGUGUCACAACCGUGGCCAUCUCUCCAGACAAUCGCUUUGUCGCUGCCGGUUCUCUCGAUAAGAGUGUCCGCGUUUGGGACGUGGCUACUGGACAACUCGUCGUCCGCCUCGAAGGAGAAUUCGGACACAAGGAUAGUGUCUACUCUGUUGCGUUCGCUCCCUCUGGCGAUAAAUUGGUUAGCGGCAGCUUGGAUAAGACAAUCAAGAUGUGGGACUUGUCACCACCACCUCGCAUGAUGCCCGGCGGAGUCCCGGGUGGCCAGUGCAUCCGCACCUUUGAGGGUCACAAAGACUUUGUUUUGAGUGUCGCCCUCACGCCACAUGGCGACUGGGUAUUGAGUGGCUCCAAAGAUCGUGGCGUCCAAUUUUGGGAUCCUCUUUCGGGUGUCGCCCAACUCAUGCUUCAGGGUCACAAGAACUCAGUUAUCUCGGUUGCUCCAAGCCCAACAGGAGGCAUCUUCGCCACGGGCAGUGGCGACAUGCGCGCCAGAAUCUGGAGGUGA